AUUAAUUCAAUAAUGCAUGACACUAGAAUUAAGGUAUGCUGUAUGCACAUGCCGCUAGCUAGAGCACAGGUAGUACCGAUUGUGGCAAGCAUCCUCAGGCCUCGCCCAAGGAUUUGCAUUCCACAAACAACGACCUUUCUGAAACAUAAACUUUAUAUUACUGGCAGUUCAGUCAGUUGUCUUUGUCCCCUCCGUUUGUUGGGUGAAAUUUCCCUAUAUAUACAUACAUACACGAUGGGACGGGAGGCCAGAUGUACUACUCCAAAACUCACGCAACACACGCCACCUCUUCUUGGUGAGGCUCGAGCUAGUUACAGUUAUGUUUGCUGCAAGCAUCAGCGGCGCCCUGCAGCUUCUCCUCCUGUACGCCGGCUGCUUCCUCCUCGGCCGCAUAUUGCCAUUUGAUGCUCCUCGACAUGUUGCCGCCGCCGCCACGGCUCCACCCUUCUCCUUCGGCUUCGACUUCUCCAACUCAUCCACUUACAACCUACAAGACCUCCGUUUCGAGGGCAGCGCGCAGCCCGAUUUGGACGGUAAACUCGUCGACCUCACCUGCAACUCGGACUAUUCCACCUACAACUGCACGGGGCGGAUGUCGUACGGGCACCCAGUGCCGUUCUACGACAGCGCCACCGGCGUCGUGGCCAGCUUCACCACACAGUUCACCUUCAGGUUCAGUCUCCCUGAGCAAAGAGGCACGGUUAGGAAGGGGGAUGGCAUGGCUUUCUUCCUCACCGGCUACCCGUCAGUAAUGCCACCCGACUCAAUAGGUGGCGGCCUCGGCCUCAUGAACGGUCGCCUUCACUCUGCCUACGGCCCAGACCGGUUUGUCGCCGUCGAGUUUGACACAUUCAACAACUUCUUCGACCCUGGGAACUCCUCAGACCACAUUGGCAUCGACCUCAGCACCCUGAAAGACAGUAACGCUACCAUGAGCUUGCCCACCUUCAGACUGAAUGGGACCAUGACGGCAUCCAUCAGUUUUAGCGCCACCACCCGGACGUUGGUAGCUAGCCUGCACUUUGAUGACCGUCCUUCUGUACAACCAGUUGAGGUCAGCAGGCAAUUACCCGACCCGAUCAUGGCCUUGCUCCCGCCAGACGUGGCGGUGGGCUUCUCUGCCGCCACCGGCGCAGAGGCGGAGCUGCACCAGAUAUUGUCCUGGUCCUUCAACUCCACACUUCCUCCCAAGAAACACACAGCUUCGACAGGUGGGGGCCUAAUCAUAACAGCGAUAGUUGGAGGAUCUGUCGUGUUCAUAGGCGUGGGUUGGUUCAUUCUGGCAUGGUUUAUGCGGAAACAAGGGCGUGAUUCCAUUAUGGCGGGGGCUGGCCAAAGGCGAUUCCGAUACCGCGAUUUGGUUCAUGCAACCGACAACUUCUCCGAGAAGAGGAAGCUCGGCGAGGGCGCCUUUGGCGCGGUGUAUCGGGGGACAUCCCUCAAGGGCCAUGAAGGCCAGGUGGCUGUUAAGAAGAUCUCAGAGGCCAAGGGGUCACUAGGAGGAACAAAGAACUUCCUCGACGAAAUCAACACCAUUAGCAAGACGAAGCACAAGAAUCUUGUCAGCCUGGAAGGUUGGUGCUGCAGCAGCAAGGGAAUCUGGAACUUGCUGUGUUGGUGCUGCCAGAAGCAGGAUGAUCAUGAGAUCUUCCUUGUCUAUGAACUGAUACCUCAGGGCAAUCUCCACGAUCACCUACACAAGGAAGAUACAGUUCUUCCGUGGGACACCAGGUACAACAUAGUGAAGGGAAUUGGAUCUGCUCUUCUUUACCUCCACCACGAGUGUCAUCCAUACAUCCUGCACAGGGAUAUCAAGCCCCAGAACAUACUCCUGGACAAUGAAUACAAUGCUAAGAUCGCCGACUUCGGGCUGUCACGGAUCGCCAACCACAACAACACCUCAGUGGUGACCACCGCCAUAGGGACAGUCGGAUACAUGGAUCCACAGUUGCUGGAACCAGACAAAUUCAGCUUCAACCGCAGCACCGACGUCUACAGCUUUGGGAUUGUUCUGCUGAAGAUCGCCUGCGAGCGCAACAUGUCGAGGCAAGGAGUCUGGAAUCUAUAUAGCAACGAAGCCGCGGUGCGCAUGAUGGAGGCUGCAGCUGAUGAAAGGUUAGGCGGCGACUUUGACAGGGCGCAGAUGCUUCGUGUGCUUGUCCUGGGCCUCUGGUGUUCUCUCCCUGACGGGGCAAACCGACCUACGAUGCAGGACGCAAUGCGAUUCUUGGAGCACGACAACACACCAUUACCUGACCUUGCAUCAUUUGCUGCCCCCUCUUCUACUUAAUCCGAUGGUUAUUCAGCAUCGUUACUUCUUUAAUUAGUUUGUUGUAAUUCAGACACUCCCAAACUUAUCUAUUUCAUGUUGUAUCAAUGAAUGUAUCACCAAAUGGACAUCUGGCAUUUUCCAUCAAAACAUCAAUUGGUUUGUUAGUGGUC